AUGAAUGAUGAAAAUAUAAAUAACUUAAUACAAAAAAUUGGCCAUAACAUAAAUGAUAUUAGAGAUAGGUCUAUGAUAAUGCUCAUACAAAAAUAUGAAAAGAAUAUAAUCAAAGAUAUAGAUUUAAAAAAAAGAAAUUAUUUUUUUUAUAUGAUUCUUCAUUAUAUCAAUGAUAGAAACGCAUUUAUAUCUUUAAAAAAUUUGGGAGAUAUUCUGUUAUUUUUAAGAUGUAUUAUAAAGGAUGAAGAUAUUAAAAAAAAAUUCGAAAAUUUGGAUAUAAACAAAUUCAUUAAUGAAUUUUUAAUUCACUUUAAAAACAAUGAAGAAAAAUACAAGUCAAAUAAUUCUAUUAACUGUCGAAAAAGUAUACCAUAUGAUAAUAUAGUAUCAACAAAAGAUGAUGAGAAUACUGAAAAAAGUAUUCAUCAAUCUAGUAUUUCAGAUAGUCAUAAGGAAUAUAUUCAAGUUGUUCAUAUUUUGAAUGAACUCAAUAAUAUAUAUAAUAAUACAGAUAACAUAAUUGAUGAUGAUAAUCAAACAGAAAUGAAUAAUGAUAAGAAUAUUAGUACACAUGUAGCUAAUAACAUUCCUAAUAAUAUUCCUUUAGCAUAUGAUACACAUGAUGUAAUCCAAAAAAAAUAUGAAACUAAUAAUAUAAUAAUUUGUGAUAACAAACAAGAAAUGGAAGAACACAAAUCACAAGAUAAGGUGUCAAAAAAUAGUACAUUAAAUAUCGAUAGUUAUGAUACAACCCCCAAGAAAAAUGAUCAAAAUUAUAAUAAUAUAGAGAAAAAAAUGAAUAAUACAUACAAUGAAAGUGAUCAUACAAAUUCAUCCAGAACUUUUAAUAUAAAUCCAUUGGAUGAAAAAGAUAUAGAAAAUAUUAAUCAAAUAAUGAAAAAAAAUAAUUAUAUUAAUAUAUUUACAAAAAAUAAUUAUUUAUGUACUGAUGAUUUUGAAUAUUAUAAUAAUUUAUAUAUUCUUAAAAAUCAAAUAUAUCAAUAUAGUAUUUAUUUAUUAUUGAAUUAUAAAAAAUAUAAAGCAAAUAAAAUAAAAACAGAUAACCAUGUAUUAUUAUAUACCAUAAAACAAGAGACAGAACACAAAAAUAUAUAUGACGAUAUGGAACCUAUAUAUAAUACAUAUAUAUUUUCUUACUUAUAUAAUUUUUUUGACACCUUUGAAAUGUUUAAAAAAAAUUUCUUAGACAUAAAUAAAAUAAUGUGUAAUCAUAAAAAUAUUCUUCUAAAUAAUAACACUACAGAUAAGGAUCAAAGAAAUAAUAAAUUAAUAAACAAUAAUACAAUAAAAAAAAAGACAAGUAAUAAUUCUAUAGAUGUAUCACCCACAGGUAUAAAAAAAAAUAGUAAUAAUAAUAAUAAUAAUAUUCAUAUUGAUUCUAAAAAUAUAUACAGGUAUCCAACACAAGAGGAUCAAUAUAAAAAUAUACAUAUAUAUUUAUAUAAUAAAAAUAUAUAUUAUAAAAUUAACAAUUUUGUGAAUAAGAUAAAUAUUCUUUGUUAUCACACACAGAUGAAAUAUAAUUAUAUGGAAUUAUUAGGUAUGAAUAUAAUAAAAAAAAAAAUUAGUGUUGAUGAUUUUAUAUAUAUGCAUAAAGAGAUACAUAAAAUAUUAAAUGAAUACAUAUAUAUAUUUAAUAAAGAUUUAUUUUUAUUUAAUUAUAAAUUUUUAUAUACACUUUCAUAUAAUAUACAUUAUAUAUAUAAAAAUUAUAUACAAAAUAAAAAUAAUAUAACUAAUGAUUUUUAUCAUAUUCAUAAUAUUUUAAACAACUUAUCAUAUAUAAUAUAUAUUAUAGUAUAUAGUUUAUAUAAUAAUAUAAAUAAAGGAUGUCUUUGUAAUAGUAUAUGUAAUAUAUAUUUAAAUAAUUUUUUUUUUCUACUUAUACAAAAUUUAUUUUAUAUGUUAUUACUUUUUAAUAAUUAUCAUAAAAAUAAUGAAAAUAUUGUAAAAAAUCAUGAAAAUAAUUUCUCCAAUUUUAUAAUAUCAUCCAAUCAAGUUGACAACCAAAAUGAUAUAUCUAAAUUUUUCAAAACAAAAGAAAAACAAAAUAUCAUUUUAUUAAAUAAUAUUAACAAUUUUUAUUUUAAUAAAUUGAAAAAAAAAAUUCAAGGUAAUGAUUAUCAUGAUUCAAAUAUGAUAAUUUAUCAAAAUGAUAUAUAUCAAUAUUUAUUUGUAACAAAAAAUAGUUGCAUAUAUUUUUUUAAGUUUAUCAUUUUUUAUAUAUUAGAAAUAUUAAAAAAUAGUUAUUUCAAAAUAUAUCUUGUACGUAAAAAUUGUUCUACAUUAAAUUUCCCUCUAGACAAUUUUAUAAUGAUAUAUGACUUCUUAUAUAAUAUAUUAAUUCAUUAUUUCAAUGAUAAGAAAAAAAUAAUUGAUCAGCAUUUUCAAGUCUUUUUAAAUUAUAUCAAAGAAAUUCAUAAGUAUGACAAAAUAAACAAUCAAAAUGAAAAAAAUUAUAACCAUAACAAUCAUAACAAUAAUAUUGCUUAUAAUAAUAAUAUGAUAAAUAAAAAAAAAAACAAUUUAAAAGAAAUUUUAAAAAACAAUUAUCAUAUCAAAAAUUAUACAUCUGAUGAAUAUUAUUCAAAUGUACAUAAAUCAUCAUUACAUAUUCACAAUUCAUCAUAUCUUUCAGAUGUAUCAAAACAUAGCUCGUCAUCAAAUGAUUCUUAUUCAUAUACAAAUUCAAGAAAAGAUAUGAAUAGAUUUUGUACUAUUGAUUUUCUUUCUGAUAAGUCUAAUAUCUACAAAUAUACAUAUAAAUAUACUAAGAAACAAAUAGAAAUAUUAAGAAUAUUAUGUAUAUUUAUUAAUUAUACUCCUGUAUCUUUUAUAUUAAUGAAAAAAAUAAACCUAAAAUUUGUACAUGUUCUUAAAUCGUUCUUAUUUGAUAUUAAUUUGAAUAUAUAUAAUAAUGAGCUUUUGUAUUUUUUGAAAAUUUUUUUUUUUUUCUAUGAUAAGGAAGUAUAUAAUCAGUAUAAUGAUUUUCUCUCAUAUUAUUAUGUAUUAGUAAAUAUGUUUUUUAUAGAUAUGGGCGAUGAAUCUAUUGACCAUGAUAAAAAAUAUGAAACAACAAAUUAUCAUAAUAAUAAUAAUUAUUAUCAUUUUAAUAUUGAUGGGGAAGAUCAAAUAAAUUAUCACAUAGAAUAUAACAACAUGGACACCUUAAAUGAAUAUAAUAGCUCACAUAAUAACAAUGAAUCAGAUAUAUUUACUUUUCUCAAUAUUUAUCAUAAUAUAUUUCAUUUCUUUUUCUUUUUACCUACCAACUAUUUUACCUUGAAUAAUUUCGUCUAUAAAUAUUUCAGUACUUUUGAUGGAUAUCAAAAUAUGGAUCAAAUGAGAAAUACCCCUAUAUUAAUAAAUCACAACGAAAAAUAUGUUAAAAAUGAAAUAAAUGAAAUAGAAAAAAUAGAAAAAAUAGACAAAAUAGAUGAAAUAGAUGGUAUAAAUCAUACAAAUAAUACAAAUAAUAUAUGUGUAUCACAUACUUUAAACAAAUCCAAUAGCAUAUACAAUUUUAAUAGUUCCUUAUAUCCAUUUUAUACAUUUAAUAUGCAUAAUAAUAAAAAUUCUGAAGAAAUGUAUUCCCAACCCUUUCAAGUUAUAUUAUAUAAAAAAUUAAGACAAAAUGUAAAAUGUCCUGAUAAGAAUAAUGAUAUUAAUAGUGAUGAUCUAAAAAAUGAUGUUCCUUCAAUAAAAAACUUUGCUAUAUUUUCCUCAAAAUUUAUCCAAAAUAUUAUUAAUGUAUUAAUAGAUAAUAAAUUAAAAGUUUUAUUUAAUAGUUUCCUUUUAUUAUCAUCAGAAUAUAAUUCCUUUUCAAAUUAUAUCAGUAUAGAUAAUAAAAUAACUAAUAAUUAUCAAUAUAUAGUUUAUACUUUAAAGGAUGUUAAUAAAAUGAAUAUAUUAAGAUUAAAUAAUAAUUUUCAGUAUAUCAAUUAUAAUAAUAUAACAGAUACAAAAUAUAUCAAAUUGUUUAAGAAUUUUAUUUUACUUUUACAUAAUAUUAUUUCAAUAAUUUAUAGUUACAAUAAUGAACUGAUUUAUUUCUUUUUUAAUUUUGUUUUCAAUAUUAAUGACGAGCAAACGAAGCUUUUAUCGAAUGGUUGCAAUAAGAAUAAUAAAGAGCAACCUUUAAAUUAUAUAGAGAAUCAUGACAAUUUUUAUGACGAAAAAAAUGAUACAUGUGACAAAAAUGUAUAUUCCUUUAAUUACAAUAAAAAUAUAAAUAAAAAAAUAAAAAAUAAUCACCCUAAUGACAAUAAUGAUUAUAAUGAUGAUAAUGAUGAUAAUAAUGAUACCUAUUAUUAUAACAGUUGGAAUAAAUACCAUAAAAAUGAUGAUAAAAAAAAAAAAGAAACUGUUGACAUAAAAGAUGUGAGACAUAAUUUUUUUAAUACCAAUGAACAUAAUGAUAUAAAUGACGAAAUAAAAGAAAUAGCCCUAAUUAAUAAAAAUGGAAACAAUUAUAUAAAUAUUUAUGAAAAAAAUGAUAUAGUUGAAAAUACAACAAAUAAUUUAUACGAUAUAGAAAAUAAAUUAUCAUACAAUAUGCAAGAAUCUUCAUCUUCUAAUAUAUUUUUAACGUCUUAUCAAAUAAACGAAUUUAUUGAUAUUAUUUAUGAAAUAUGCAUAUAUAGUAAAAAAAAAGAUAUAAGAGAUUAUUACAUUGGUUAUAUAAUCGAAAAUAUUAAAAACAAAUUAACUGAUCUAUUGAAUAAGAUUAAAACUAUUCAUAUAAUUAAUGAACAAAGAAAUAUUCUAUCUCAUAUUAAAAUGUUUUCUAGAGUUAUGUUAUUUCUAUUUUUUGUUAAAAAAAAAUAUAUCAUAUUAUAUGAACAGUGUGUAUACAAUAAUUUUCACUUUUUAUAUGAACAUUAUUUUUAUCCGUCAAUUUUUAAUCAAGAAAAACGAGAGCAUAUUUGUAUGAAUGACGAUACUAUUAAACAGAAAAUAUUCUUUUAUGAGCACAUUUUUUUAAAUAUACAUAAUGUAUAUUUCUAUUUGUUUCAAAAAAAAAAGAAAAAAAGAACAUUCUCUCUAAAAAUUUUUUGGAGAGCAUAUCAUAAUUUUCAGAUGCAAUUUAAAAAAGAGCAAUUCAUAAAUGAAGAAGAUAAUAUGCAAAAAGGGGUAGAAGAAAGAAAUAUAUAUGGCCUUAAUGACAUAUCACAGGACAGAACAAAUACAUCCAACAACAACAAUAAUAAUAAUAAUAAUAAUAGUAAUAGUAAUAGUAAUAAUUUUAAUGUAAGUAAGGAAAAAGAUGUAGGUGCUAGCAAAAAAAAAGGUAAAGACCAAAAUUAUACUAAUAUAUUUAAAUAUUCGAGUGACUGGAAUUAUAAUACAAAUGUAUUAAAUAUUUAUAUAACAGAUUUUUUAAAUAAAGAAUGUAUAUAUGAUGAAAAAAUACUUACAGAUAUGUUAUCAAAUGUAUGUAUUCAUAGUAAAAAUGAAGAUGGCUCAUUAGAUCUAUUUAAUUAUAUUAUAUUAUAUAUACUAAGAAAUUGUACUACUUCUAAUAUAUAUAAUGAUGAAGAAAAAAAAAAAAAUUACGAAAAUUUCCUUGUUCUUAUUUAUAAUAAAAUAUUAUAUUUGUAUUUUAAAUUAUUAAAAGAAAUUCUACUUAAAGAACAAACUAAUAUAUAUAAUAUUGAAAUAUUUAUAUAUCUCUUAAAAAUUAUAAUACUACUACUUAUAACAAAUAAUAGAAGUAGCAAUAUAUGUAAAAAAAUAUAUCACAACAAAUACUUUUUUUUAUCACACAUAUAUUGUUUCUUUUUUUAUGAUAAUGAAAUUAUUAGAAUAUUGUCUUUUAGUUUAACUUUUUAUUUAAUAUUUGAUGAAAAAAUAUUACUUUUAUAUAAGUAUCGAAUUUUUCAAGAGCCCUAUUAUUUAUUCCCAUCUGAUAAAGAUAAUUCGAAUGUAUAUAAAAAUAAGGAUAAAGACACAAAGGGAUAUAUGAAUAAACCAACAGAUUCACCUAUACUUAAUAUAGACAAGGUAUCUGUUGUAAGAAAAAAUUCACAACAUUAUAAAAAUUCUAUAAUUGAAGAAAUAAAUGUUAAUGAUUUAUCUGUAUAUAUGCCAUAUGGUGAUCACAAAGAUGAAGAAUGUAAUAUUUAUAGUGACAAUAAAUAUAAUGAUGAUAUUCAUAAUUUUAAGAAUGUCAAUAGCAACAUAAAUAAUAUGAAUAACCUAUAUAAUAUACCAUAUGUCAAAAAAAACGAUGUAACAUUCUUUAACUUAAAUAUUUAUGGAACAUAUAAAAAAAAAAAAAAAAUAAUAAAAGAUUCUACGUUCGCUCUAAAUAAUGAUAUUAACAUUAAUUUGAAUAAUUCUAUAGAGACAUCUUUUUAUAAUAUAGAAAACAAAAUUGUAUUUUUUGUUCCUUUAUGGUUAUAUAAAAAAUUACAAGGAAAUAAUUUUUUAUUCAUAAUAAAAAAAUUAAAGUCUUUUUUUUUCUUUACUACAAAGUUUAGUUAUUUACAUAUGUUUCAUGAUUCAACAAGAAAUAAAAAAGAAAAGGAAUUAUCAUUUUUUAAUGGAAUAUAUAAUAACAAUAAUUUAUUUAUGUCAUUUUAUUUAUUUAUAAAUAAAUAUUUCUAUUUAUUAUUACAAAAUAUUAAUAAUGAUUCGAAAGAAAAAUCAGAUCAUAUUUUAUAUAAUAGUAUAUCUGAACCAUUCCAAAAUGCUAAUUACAAUAUAUACAAAUCAACUUAUUAUAAUAUAAAUAAUGAAGAAAAAAUAUGUACUAAUAAACAUUCUUAUUUUUUUAUAAAUAUAAAAUGUUAUUUUAAUAUAAAAGAAAAAAAACAAAGAGAGAAAAAAUUACAUAAUAUAUGUAACACAUUAAUACAAAUAAAGGAAUUCCCUCCUAUAAACGAUUCAAUAUAUGAUAAUAUAAAUUUUGUAUAUAUAUAUAAUUUAAAGCGUCUUUUUGAUUUUUUAAAUAUAUCCUAUAUACAAUUAAUAUGUGUUAAUAAAAAUAAAAUACAGGAGGAAUAUGAAGAUGAAAAUUAUUAUUCCGAGCUGAGUAAAGACAAUAAUAAUUAUAAAAAUGAAUAUAAUAUAAAAAAAGUAUCUGUAAAUGGUUACAAAUAUGAAGGAGAGAAGAAGCAAAGAAAAUAUAUAUAUGAAUUAUUCGACCAAGAUUAUACUCCUAUAUUAGAAGUAAUAAAUUUUGUAUACACAGAAAUGUUUCCUUAUAUGAAUAAGUUAACCUUUUUCAUAUAUAAUAAAAUAAUAGAGACUUAUAAAAAUCAAGAUCACCAUCAAAAUGAUAAUAAUAAUAAUAAUAAUAAUAAUAAUCAAUAUGAUAGUCAAAAUGAUAUCCAACAUAAUAACAAUUUUGAAUAUAAUGAAAACAUAAGUAUACACAAAUAUAUGAUAUUACUAGAAUAUUUUAUCUAUAUAUUAGAUAUGUGUCUAUAUAUACAUUUAUUAUUAAAACAUCAAGAAAAUAAAAUCCAUAUAUAUAAUAAUAUAACCAAAUUUAAUACCCAAAAUAUAGAUUUAUGUCUUUUUAUUUAUAAAUUAUUAUAUAUAUCUAUUAAUACAAAUCUUUUAAAAAAUAUCAUUUCUAACUUUUCAUUAAAUGUUAUAUAUAAUUUUUUACAAAUUAAUAAAAAUUAUUAUCUCCAAAUGAAAAAUAAUUUUUAUAAGAAUUAUGAUCAUUUUAUAAACAUUGAUUCAACUCAAGAAAAUGAUGAAGAAAAUAAAAAUUAUGAAAAUGAAUUAUUAAUAAAAAAUGAAAUAUACAAUAAAAAAAAAAAUGAAGAAUCACAAAUGAAUAUAUCCAUACUGUUUAAUUUUUUGUUUUUUAUCCUUUCAAAAUAUAGUAAAAAUAAUAUUAAGAAGAAAAAAAAAUAUAUACAUAUAGAAUCAAAUAAUUUAGGACAACAACAUAAUAAUAAUAUUUAUUCAAAUAUAAUUAAUGUGUAUGAACUUGAAAAAAGUAUAGAUGUAGAAAAUGUUACAUUUCAAAGUCAUGAAAAAGAAUAUCUUAAAAUAGAUAUAUUCUUCUUAAAAAAUAUUUUAUGUAUGUUACAUGUAUUUUUUACAAGAGGUAUUUAUUUAGAUAUCCAUAUGAUAAAUAAUGAUAUCUCUUAUAUGAAUAUAAAUAUUCUUAUUCAACAUCAAUAUAAAUUAUUUAUGAACAAAAAUAAUAUUAAUCUUUUAAAAGAAAAAAUAAAAAAGCAAAAAAAAGAAAAUAUAAACAAUAAUAAUAAAAACAACACAUUUAGUAGUAAUGUCACAUCGUCACAUCAAAAUUUUUAUAGUGAUAAUUCUAUUAAUAAUUUAGUAACAAAUAAUACACAAAAUAUAAAUGAUAUGAAAGAUAUGAAUGAUAUUAAAUAUAUGUAUGAUAUUAAAUAUUUAGACAUAUUCAGAAAACUUUUUUUAAAUAAUAAUUAUAUGAAAAUAUUUAUCAACUUUUGUAAUAUCUAUAAUGAUAUAAUUAUUGAAUCUUUAUAUAUACAAUUAUUACUUUUUUUUUUUAAAUAUAUGAUACAAAGUUUAUCAUAUGAACUAUCAAAAGAAUAUACUAAAAACUUUUUUUGUCCUACCACUAGACACAUACUGGUUUAUUUCUUAAAAUAUUAUAUGAUAGACAAAGAGAUUUGUAAAUUUUUAAAAAAAUUUUAUUUCAUAAUUUUAAAAUACGUCAUCUAUAUACAGAAUAUAAACAUGGAACAAGCAAAAAAAGAUGAACCAUAUGUAAAUAAAGAGGAUAAAAGUGAUGAACAAAAUGUAAAUAAUAAUAAUAAUAGUAAUACUAGUAAUAGUAAUAGUAAUAGUAAUAGUAAUAGUUGUAGUUAUGAUAUAAACAAGUAUAAUUAUAUAUUAAAAGAUGAAGAUGUAUACAAAAAUUAUUGUAAAUUAUUUUAUGAAUAUACUAUAAAUAAAUAUAGAAACAUACAACAUUCAUUAACAAAAAAAAGUUGUAUAAACAAGAUAGAAAAAAAUGAUUAUCAAAAUUUAGAUACACAAAAUAAUAUAUAUAUAAAUAAUAAUAUAUCUUCUGAAACAUUAUAUAAAAAUAUUUUUAAUGAUCAAAAUUGUUUAAAAAGAAAUUCAAGUAUCAAUAAAAACAAUAUUUGUAUGAUUCAUCUAUAUUGUACUAAUUGUAAAGAAAUCAAAAUUUUAUAUUUAUCUAUUAUUAAACUUUUAAGUUUUUCAUUAGAUCAUUUCCCUUUUUUUUUUUUCAUCUCCAAUAAUCAUAAAGAAGAAAAAAUUAAUAAAGAAAUACAAAAUAAAAAAAAAGAAAAAUGUAAUGAUAAUAUUGUCUUUUUAUGUGAACAGAUAUUUUAUUUUUUAAAUAAAAAAAAUAUUUAUAAAAAUUAUUCAAAAAUGUAUACCUCAUCAUGUUAUCAGAAAUAUUUUAUUAAAAUUUUUAUCAAGUUGUUAUAUUGGGAUGAACAACAAACAAUGAAUAAUUUACAUAAAUAUGAAAUAUAUAUUUUAAAAAAUAAUCAUCACAAAAAUAUAUAUGACCAUCAUAAUAACAAUAUUGAUAGCCACACUAAAGAAUUCAAUAACUGUAUAAAUAUAUCUGAACAAAAAGAUAAUCAUAAAAAGAAAAACAUAGAGAAUAAUAAUAUUAAUAAUAAUAUUAAUAAUAAUAAUAAUAAUAUUAAUAAUAAUAAUAAUAAUAAAUCUUUCACUUACAACCAUAUUAAUAAUUAUUAUAUUAUGAACAACAUUAAAUACAAUAUUAGAAAUCCUAAUCAUAUUUAUUCUAAAAAUCUUACACAAGAUAAUAUAUUUUAUAUAGAUAACUUCCUUAAUUUAAUAUUAAUAAAUAAAUACAAAAACGAAUAUAAUAUUUUUAAUAGAAUUAAUGAUAAAAUUUAUUAUUAUAUAUUAAUUGUAAGUAUAUGCUAUAAAGAUAAAAAUUUUUUAUCUCUUCUACUUUCUAAAUAUGAAUCAUUUUAUGAAGAGUAUAAUGAUCUUCUACAAAAAUAUUUAAAAUAUGUUAUAAAUAAUAAAAGCUUUAUGAAUAUCAAAAAAAUAAAAAAUGAAAAAAUGAUACAUAAAUUAUUAUAUAUUUUUCUAUCUUAUAUAUAUAUUUAUUUAAAUGAUUUAUAUAAUAUUUUCUUUACACAAAUAAAAAAUUCAUUAACAUUGCCCUCUUUCUUUAAUAAUAUUAUUUAUAUAAACUCUGAAAAAAAUAAAAAACAAAGACAUUCUUCCUAUAAUAUAACAAAUGAAGAGAUCAAAAAUAUUAGGAAUCAUGACACAAUCAUAAAUAAUCAUAAUGUUUAUACAAUAUAUACAUUUUAUCAAAAUCUCAUAAAAAAAAACAAAAACUGGAAUCAAUUCUUAGAUAACUAUAUUGAUGAUAAAAUAAAAAAUGUUGUCAUUAAUAAUAUUUUUCAUAAUAAUAUUAUAUAUUUAUUUAUACUUUAUAUUAUAAAUGAUAAUAAAUAUGUUAUAAAAGAAAAUAAAACAAGUCAUGAACAGGAACACGAUCAUUAUAAUUCCUGUAACACAAUAAAAAAAAAAAUUUUUGAAAAAUUAUAUAAAAAGGAAGAUACAAAUAUUCAAAACAAUUGCACAAAUGAGCAAAAUAAAAAUAAACAAGAUAAACAUAAUAUAUGUAAUAAUAUAAAUAAUAUAGACAACUCAUAUUCUAUGUGUAAUACAAAUAAUAUACAUAUAAUAUGUAAUACACAACAUAAUAAUAACCUAUAUCAAUAUAUUAAUCAUUCUACUUACGAUAUUUAUAAACAGGGUGUCAUGUAUUCUACCUCUCAUAUUGAAGAAAGUAAUAAAACAUUUGUAAAUAAAAUCACAAUAAAUAUUAUAUUAUUUUUUCUUUUAUUCUUUUAUGAUUAUUAUUCGAAUAAUUAUAAAAUCAAAGAAAAUAUAUUAAUACAAAUAUGUAGACACAUCAUAGAGCAUUUUUCAACUUUGUUUAAUCAUGAUUUUUUCCUUAUACAUGAAAUAUAUAAAGAACUACUGAAUUUAAAAAGAGAAAUAAAAAAAAAAACAAUUAUUGUUGAUAAAAAUAACCCCAUAAAAAAUUAUAUCACUAAUCUUAAAAGUAAUAAUGAUAGCAAUUUGAUCAUUCCAAAAAAAAAAAACGAAUUACAGGUAGAAGCAAAUAUUUGUACACCUAAAAAAUUUAGCAAUUAUUUAAAAAGGAAGGAUAAAAAAAUUGUAAGUUCUAUUUCACUGGAUAGGAAUAAAAAAAAAAUGGUUCCCUUAAAAAAUAAAGAGCAACACGAACAAAAUGAUAAAAAUUAUAUAAAUGAUAAAAAUUAUAUAAAUGAUAUAAAUAAAAAUAAUAAUAAUAUUAAUAAUGAUGAUAAAGAGAAGGAAAAUAUUAAUAAUCUUAUAGAUAGACACAUAUAUAUACUAUUCAAUAUAAAGGAAAGAUUUAAGAGAGAUAAAAAACUUUUAUUUUUAUAUACAAUAAAUUCCUUUAGAAUAAUACAAAUAUAUAACAGUAUUUCAAAUAUUAUAUUUAAAUAUAAAUAUAUUUCCAUAUUGUUAAGAAAAUUACGUUAUUUUACAAACAAAGAUAUAUUAAAAUAUAUUUCGAGUUGUAUACAAUUUUAUUUGAGUGAUAAGAUAAAAGAAGAAUAUUGUCAUUCCUCUUUAUUUUUUUUUAAAAAUAAUAUUAAUAAUUUCGAUAUAGAAAUCGGAUAUUUUUCAUAUAUAUAUAUACAUAAUUUUUUUCAUUUUUUAUCUUGUUAUCUAUUGUAUGAUAUAAAUACUUUAUAUAAAUUUUGUUCUAAUGAAUUUAAUUGUAUAGAUAUUCUUAAUAAUUAUGUAAAGGAUUUAUUACAACUACAAAAUGAAUAUGGUAUAUAUAUAUGUAUGGUCAUAUUAAACUUUUAUUUAAUUCUUAUGAAUACUUACUUUUUUGACUUUUCAUUUUAUGAAAAACAUUUACAUUUUAUAAAUCAAGAAAUAGACAUUGACGAUCCAUCAAAAAGAGAAGAUAUAAAACUGAAAAAUUAUAUAAUAAAUAAUUUGAAAAAUGAUAAAAGAACAAAAGAUAUUGGAACAAAUAAAUUACAAAUGUCAAAUGAGAAUAUCACAUAUUACUCAUGUAUUAAAAAAUUAUACAGCCAAUUUAAUAAAUCCAAAUUUUUACAUUUUUUAGUUAACUAUAUUAUAAAUAAUAUUAGCAAUAUAAAUAAUAUCAAUAUUAAUACAAAUAUAAGUACAAAUAUAAAUACAAAUUUAUGUCCAUAUAGCAAUAUAAAUGUUCAUAAUAAUAAUAAUUGUUGUAAUAAUCGUAAGAGCAAUUAUGUUCAUGUGAAUAAAAACAGAACAGAUAAAGAAAGAGACAAAAACAUUUUGUUUAUUUUAUUACAAUUUAUUAGUUACAAUAUGAUUUUUAUAGAUAACAAAAAUGAUAUAUAUAAAUUAUGCAAUGUAUUAAUAAAAUUUUUAAAAGAAAAAAAAAAAAAAGAAGAAGAAGAUGAUAUAUCAAUAUUAAUUUGUUAUUAUUAUAUUAUUCUUUUCUUCAAUUCAUGUUUUAUAAAUUGCACAUCUAUAGACGAACGUUUAAUAAAUCUUUUACUUAAUGUUGAUAAGAAUGAUAAUUUGUGGUUUAAUUUUAUUUUCAUGUCACCAAAACAAAUGAAAAGAAUCCAUAAUCAAAAUAAGAAAAAAAUAUUAAUAUUAAUAAAAUUUUCUAUUUUACAUAUGUAUUUAUUAUUGUUAAAAAAUAAAACCAUUUUUAAAAAAUCUAUAUUAUAUAUAUCAAGUGAUAUCAACAUUUAUUUUGUCUUUAUAUAUAUACUUAAUGAAAUAUAUGAAUACUUUAAAAAUAUAAAUAUAAUACAAAAUAUCAAAAAGAUUGAACAAGAAGAUAAAAAUAAAAACAAAACGAAAAAUAUAAAUCUAUCAUCUAUAUAUAAAACUUUUAAUAUGAAUAAUAAUGAAAUGAUAGAUGAACAAAAUGUUAUAUAUAAUUAUAAUGAAAAAAUAAUACAAAAUGAUUAUUUAAUUAAUACAUAUAAUUUAAAUCAUACUACAUCUACAGAACAAUUGAAUGAAAAAGAAAAUAAAAAUAUGAAAUAUUUUUAUUUAUAUUGUGAACUCUUAGUUAUAUUAACUGAUAUUAUAAAAAUAUUAAAUAAUAAUGAUUUUAAUAAAUAUAUAACAAUUCAACAUAAUAAAGAUAAAGAAUCUUUAAUUACACAAUUUAUAAACUUAUAUUCAAAAAUUAAAAAAGAACUCAUAUAUAUAAAUCAAUUAAUUAAAUUAAUAAAAUAUACUAUACUUAUACACCCAUUAAUGAUACAUAUACAUAUAUUACAUCAAUUUUAUUUGUCAAUAUAUAUAAAAGAAUAUUAUUUUUUCCAUAAAUCAUUUUUUAAAUAUGAUAUUUUUAUGACAGAUUAUAUAAACAUCAUUAAAAAUAAAAGAAAGGCAUUCAUUCAUAAGGAAAAUAAUAUAAAUAAGGAGAAUAAUAUAUAUAAAGACAAUAAUUAUAAUAAAGACAAUCAAAGUAAUAAUGUUCAUAAUAUAGAUAAUAUCCAAAUUGUAUGCAACGCAACGCAAUACAAAUAUAAUAAUAAUAAUAAAUUAAUUACAAAUAAAAAUGUAUCAAUUGCAAAUAUGCAUUCUUCCAAUAAGUCAGAUAAUUCGUGUGAACAACAAAAUAAUGAUAAUAAAAAUAGGAACAAUUCUAAUAUAACUCGAUGGAAGAAUGAUUUGAAUAAAGAAAGAAUUAAUUUUUAUUUAUUUUUUAAUACUCCUAAAAAUUAUAAUUUCCAAAUAAAUAAUUUAUGUUCUUCAAUGAUACAGAAUGAAUAUCAUGAUUCUCUUAAUAAAUAUUUCUCGACCAUUUUUCAACCAACAAAUGGUGACCCUUCAAAUUGUUUAAAAUAUGAUAAUGAGCAAAUAAAAAUAUAUGUUGACUAUAUAUAUGAUAGUGUUAAUUAUGCUUUAAAGUUUUUCAACACAAUAUAA